GCUUAAGACUUCCAGAAUUUACUUGGUAUAAAACACCACCAAUUUACACAGUCCAUGUCAGAUUGUACUGAAUCAUCACUACAACCACUUCAAAAUGUUCAAGUUUGUUGCCUUCGUUGCUUUGAUUGUCGCUGCUGCUGCCACUCCAGCUCCAGAACCGAAAGCAGAUCCAAAGGCUCAAUUGCUAGCUGCAGCUGUUAGCGCCCCAUUGGUAUCGGCUCCCUUAGCUGCUGCUCCAGUGGCUGCCGCAUACAGUGCUCCUCUGGCUUAUUCUGCGUAUGUUGCUCCAUCCGUCUAUUCGGCCGGAUACACUGCCUACUCUCCAUAUGCUGCUUCCUACAUUUUGUAAAUUUGUGUUUUAAAUAAAAUUAUUUAAAACUAGUUUUGUUGCUGAUUAAAUAUUAAUAUGCAUUAACUCAACAAAUAUCACGUAUUUUUACACGACGUACACUAAAUUGAAAUUAUGGUACAGGUA